UGCUCAUCAUUGAAAUCAAAAAAAAAAAAAAUCAUCAUCUACGUUACUGGUGGCUAAUAUAAUAUAUUUUCAUUAUUAAUUUCCAUUCCUUAAUUCUUCCUUCAUCACGAAGAAUAAAAAAGAAUUUUUUUUUUCUCAACCAAAACGCAAAAACAAAAUAUAUCAAAUGAUACGCACACACACAACACAAUAACACCAAGUCUUAAUUCUUCCAGCCCACACAAACACAAGAUAAUUUCCUGAAUUACGCGACAUUCGUUUCAUUGAUUCAAUCAAUCGAACUUCGAUUUUUGUUUCGUUUUUUCUUCUUGGUCCUUGAUAAAUUUCGAAUUUAUUUCAAAAAUUUUCUCGAGGUCUCAACAGAUUCAAUAACAAUAUAAUAAUAAUAUAAUGACGAUAUUACCGAAAAAGAAACAAUCAAAACAGCAACAAUCUACUAAUGAAGAACAACAUCAUGUUGUUGGUCAUUCAUCAAAUGUUGUUGUUGUAGGUACACAACACGGUGGUGGACAAUCAUCACAAAUCAAUGGACCAUCAUCACAAUUAUCAACAACAAAUGGACGUAUUCAUGUUAAUCAUCAAUGGUCAACAACACAACGUAAUCAUAUUGUUGUAAAUGGUGAUUGUCCAGUAGAUAAACGUCCAGCACCGGAUAAUGGACAUUCAACGCAUGGAUCACAACAUUCAAGUAAACGUAGACAUCGUAUACAACACCAGCAGCAACAACAACAACAACAACAACGUACAGUGGUUGUUGAAAGAUGUGAUUCCGGUGAACGUGAUACAACAACGACAACAAAACAUCAACAUCCACGAACAAUUGCAAAUAUACGUUCAAUUGGAUCGAAUUCAUCAUCAUCAUCGAAUAAUUCUGCAGGAACACAUUCUGAUCCUGAUUCAAUGAUAGCUAUACCGGGUUGUAGUAGCAAUAAUGAUAAUAAUGUUGAAGGUGAAGAAGAAGAAGAAGAAGAAGAAGAAGAAGAUUUUUCCGGUUAUAAUAGCGGUGAUGAAUAUCAACGUAAUGCCCAAAAUAAUGAUCCAUCCGCACAAACGGAUUGGGAAGAAAAAGAACGUCAAUUUGAACGUAUCAUGCGUAAGAAAGGAUUUAAUAUUAAAAAAAUGUCUGAAGAUGGUGCUUGUCUAUUUCGUGCUGUCGCCGAUCAAGUUUAUGGUGAUCAAGAAAUGCAUUCAGCUGUACGGAAAUUAUGUAUGGAUUAUAUGGAAAAGAAUGGUGAUUAUUUUUCACAAUAUGUAACGGAAAAUUUUGCCGAUUAUAUCCGCCGCAAACGUUGUGAACAUAUACAUGGCAAUCAUAUUGAAAUUCAAGCAUUGAGUGAAAUAUUUAAUCGUCCAAUACAAGUAUAUCAUUAUUCAUCGGAACCAAUUAAUAUUGAAAAUUGUCAAAAAACUGAUAAUGAACCAAUACGAUUAUCAUAUCAUCGUAAUACACAUUAUAAUUCAAUAGUGAAUCCAUAUAAAGCAACCAUCGGAGUUGGUUUAGGACUACCGGCAUUUAAGCCUGGUAUAGCGGAAAAAUCAUUGGUUGAAAAAGCAUUAUUUAUGUCUGAACAACAUGAAUUAGAACAGGCAAUGUUGGAAGAUAAAAUUCGUGCUACAGAUUGGGAAGCCACGAAUGAAGCUAUUGAAGAACAAAUUGCACGUGAAUCAUAUAUUGAAUGGUUACGUGAUAAUGAACGAAGAUCACGUACAACAACAACAACAACGGCGACAACAAAAUCAUCAAGUGCUACCUCAACAACAUUGACAAACCAGAAUAAUAAUAAUCUUAUAGAUGGUGAACAGAUUUCAAACAACAACAAUAUGAAUUCUUCGUCAUCAUCAUCAACAACACAAUUAUCACCAAGAUGUUAUUCACCACGAUGUUCAUCAUCACCAUCAUCAUCAUCUAUGAUGAUGAUGAAAGGUGGUGUUGGUGCUGUAUCUUCUUCCUCAAAUCAUCAUCAACAACGUUCAAGUCCAAAACGUUCGAAUGAACCACCACCACCACCAUCAUCAUCAUCAUCAUCGAGAAGUCCAAAAGGCGCAACAACAACAAUAACGACAACAAAUGAUGAUGGUUCGAUUUCAGCUGCUGCAUCAACAUUUCUUCAUGAAUUACCAGCAUCAUAUCUUGGUCUAAAUGAUUGGGAUGUAUCCGAUCCAUUAUUAGCUCAAGUAUUGGUACAAUCACAAGCUGAAUAUUUGGAAUCAUUAAAACAACAACAACAACAGCAACAACGAAUAAAUUCAGAUGUAGAUCCAAAUAAUGAAUCAUCAUCAUCAUCAUCAAUGAUCAACAAUUUGAAUUAUGAUUUAAUAUCGUCGCUUCCAUCGACAUCUUCCACUACUAACCACGCAUCUCAUGAUCGAAUCAUUAUUUUCUCAAUUGUUUUUCAAACAUUUUCAUUUAAAUAUUGUCUUUUAACAAUGAAAAGUGAUGAUCAAGACGAUGGAAGUUCAUCAUCGGCUUCAAAUUCAGCAACGACAACCACAGCCGGAAUCAAUCCAAAUACAAACACAGCAUAUUCACCGCGAUAUUAUGAAUUAUUUCGUAAACGAAUACAGCUACCUGUAUGGGAAUAUCAAAGUAAAUUCAUCGAUCAACUUGACAAUAAUCAGAUAAUCGUUUUAGUUGGUGAAACCGGCUCUGGAAAAACAACACAAAUACCACAAUGGUGUGUAGAUUAUUGCCGUAAACGAAAGAUAAAAAUUGGUGUAUCCUGUACACAACCACGACGAGUAGCAGCAAUGUCUGUCGCUCAACGUGUUGCUGAAGAAAUGGACGUACAACUUGGUCAAGAAGUUGGUUUUUCCAUUCGUUUUGAAGAUUGUUGUUCCCCACGUACCAUAUUGAAAUAUUGUACCGAUGGUAUGUUAUUACGGGAAGCUAUGUCCGAUCCAUUAUUAGAAGCAUACAGUAUUAUAUUGUUGGAUGAAGCACAUGAACGCACAUUAUCCACCGAUAUAUUGAUGGGUGUAUUGAAACAAGUCGUAACGAAACGUAAUGAUUUGAAAAUCAUUGUUAUGAGCGCUACGUUAGAUGCUGGAAAAUUUCAACAAUAUUUUGAUAAUGCACCAUUGAUGAAUGUACCUGGGCGUACACAUCCUGUGGAAAUAUUCUACACACCAGAACCAGAACGUGAUUACUUGGAAGCCGCUAUUCGAACCGUUAUACAAAUUCAUGUAUGUGAAGAAGAAGGUGAUUGUCUUGUUUUUCUUACCGGCCAAGAAGAAAUUGAAGAAGCAUGUAAACGUAUUAAACGUGAAAUUGAUAAUCUUGGACCAGAUGUUGGACCAUUGAAAAGUAUACCAUUAUAUUCAACAUUACCACCUAAUCUUCAACAACGAAUAUUCGAACCGGCACCACCGAAUAAACCAAACGGUGCCAUUGGACGUAAAGUAGUUGUAUCGACAAAUAUUGCCGAAACAUCAUUAACUAUCGAUGGUGUUGUCUAUGUUAUUGAUCCAGGAUUUUCUAAACAAAAAGUUUAUAAUCCAAGAAUUCGUGUUGAAUCAUUAUUGGUGUCACCGAUAUCACGAGCAUCGGCACAACAACGUGCUGGUCGUGCUGGCCGUACAAAACCAGGUAAAUGUUUUCGGCUCUAUACAGAAAAAGCAUUCAAAAAUGAUAUGCAAGAGCAAACAUAUCCAGAAAUUCUUCGUUCCAAUCUUGGUACGGUUGUUUUGCAACUAAAAAAACUUGGCAUUCAUGAUCUUGUACAUUUUGAUUUUAUGGACCCACCUGCGCCUGAAACAUUGAUGCGUGCCCUGGAAUUAUUAAAUUAUAUCGGCGCCCUUGAUGAUGAAGGUGAAAUGACCGAUAUCGGCGCUAUUAUGGCUGAAUUUCCAUUGGAUCCACAGCUAUCGAAAAUGUUGAUUUCAUCAUGCGAUUAUAAUUGUUCCAAUGAAAUAUUAUCAAUUGCAUCAAUGUUAUCGGUACCACAAUGUUUUGUUCGACCAAAUGAACAUAAAAAAGCUGCAGAUGAUGCAAAAUUACGUUUUGCACAUAUCGAUGGUGAUCAUCUUACCCUGUUGAAUGUUUAUCAUGCAUUCAAACAAAAUCAUGAGGAUCCAAAUUGGUGUUAUGAAAAUUUUAUUAAUUAUCGUUCAUUAAAACAGGCGGAUAAUGUACGACAACAAUUGGCAAGAAUAAUGGAUCGUUUUAAUUUGAAACGUAUUUCAACUGAAUUUACAUCCAAAGAUUAUUAUCUAAAUAUUCGUAAAGCUCUAGUUUCCGGAUAUUUUAUGCAGAUUGCACAUCUAGAACGUAAUGGAGCAUAUCUAACGAUAAAAGAUAAUCAAAUUGUCUAUCUACAUCCAUCAUCGGUAUUGGAUCAUAAACCAGAUUGGGUUCUAUAUAAUGAAUUUGUAUUGACAGCUAAAAAUUAUAUACGAACCGUUACGGAAAUUAAACCUGAAUGGCUUCUACGUAUUGCACCUGUCUAUUAUAAUUUGGAUUAUUUUCCACAAUGUGAAGCUAAACGACAAUUGGAAUUUGUUAAAAAUAAAAUGAUUGCUCAACGUGAAAAACGUGUCUGAAAAACAACGUAUUCAACUAAUGAAAAAAAAACAAAUAUAACCAACCAAUCAAUUAAUCAAAUUUUCAAAUGAAAUUAGGAAUUUUCUUAUU